CUGCUGAGAUGGUAGUUCCUCGUUCGCAGUGUUUCCGUCAACUUGUUCCUAUGCAGUUGAGUAUUUAUUCAUUCCCCGUACCUUUUGCUGCGUGCAUUGAAAUUAUACAUUGUGUGGCUGCCUCCUAUUUAUACUGACUGACGUCCGGUGUUGUGUGCAGAACAGGAAAAGGACGAAACAAAAAAACAACGUGAAGCAUAAACUCUAGUGAAAUGUCGGAUUUCGAUGGAAUGGCGUGCGGCAACUGAAAUAUUCUGCAACAUCCGGCGUUCGUGAAAUGAUUCCUGGACAACGAUCGGCACUUUUCUGAACAUCUUCCGACGUGAUCAUUGCAAUCGAUGGCAUUUCAAAUCAUCAUUUUAUACUCGUUGUUGCUCGUCUCAGCGAGGGGAUCGCGGCCGUCUGCAAGAGAUUUAGCUGUACGUGACGAAUGGCCUGAAUCAUCAUUAGCUGGGCCAAAUGAUGAACGAAUCGAUGCGCUGAAAGAGCGACACGAAAAGUCUCUAAUCACGUUAUCCGACCUUGAAGAGGAACACGAAAAAGGACGAAAGGCAAGCAGCGUGUCUGACGUAAUAUUUGCCGGUCGAACCAUUUCAACGGUGGCUGCAACAGGAAGAGGAAGACGACGAUGGAUGAAACGAGCGGCGGAAAUCCUAGCCGGCACGAGCGUCAAACAUCAGGUGGCCAGCGUAUCCUCCCCCUCCGUUCCAGCGCCGGAAACGACGAUGUCAACACCGAUGGCCGCGUCUAAUACGACCCACGUCCCAGAUUCAACGUCGGCAGAGACCAGCUCCGAACCUACGACGCUUCUCUCGUCAUCCACCACCGUUGCCACUACAUCGAUUGAAACGAUGGCGUCGGUCACUCGUAUGGACGUCGUAUCAUCCACUUCCAUUGUGCCCGAAUCACAAGAUGAAUCGGUCCAGUCAAAUCAGACGAUUAACACGGUCGUUAUAACUCAAAGUUCUACCACUCAGUUCAGCCCUGCGAUACACGAAAAUGCGGAUGAAUAUUUUGCCGAUGAUGCGUCCAGUUCGCCGUCUGCCACCGACGCUAAUUUCGACGACGAGGAGACGACCGUAAUGAUGGACAAAAUCACUGGAGCGCCAUCGUCUGUUCAACAUCCCGAAGCUGAUUCGGGACAUGCCAACACAUCACCUCUAUGGGCGGAUGAACUUAAUCCGACGUCCGUUCCCGACACUUCGCCGAGGCCCUUUCUGGCUGUGUCGUCUGUCGUGGCGAUUGGACGAGCUCUGUCGCAGGAAGAGAGCGUUCCGUGGCCGGAAGCGAAAUCAACCAAAGUGAUUGGUACCAUCAUCGAAGACAUUCACGGACCUUUUAGUGACGGCGUUUCGUCCGUCAGUACAAUCAGUCCGGAUGUCCUUACAGGCAGCGGGAUCGUCGCUAUUGCCAUGUGCAUUUUCCUGGUUCUAGUGACCACAGCCGGUGCCAGUGGAUAUUGGUGGUACCGUCGGCGUUAUCUGCUGAACCGUCCCGAAACUCUGAGCGAACGUUACGCGCCGUCCGAGACGGGCCUCGGGGCGGGCGACGACAUUUUCCGCGUCGGAUACGUCCACAGUCCCGAACUUCCGAGGCAGGAUAGUUCCGAGGAGAUGUAUUCACUUGAUAACGACUCUUUCCUGACGAGCUUGGAAGCCAUGACGAUACCGACCUACUGGACGGAGACCAUCAAACACACUAAACUGUAAAAGUUUUAUACAUGGUUUACUCUUCUGCGCCUUGGAGUUCCCUUUGACUGGCCUACAGACGGCAUCAUGGGAAAGAACGCAAACAAAUAAUCUUUUUGUUGACCGCAUUCGAAAAGCAACAAAAUUCCAUGCGGCUUGGCUUAUAGGAGCCAAAUGAUGACUGCGCGGAUAUACUGCCGGUAUUGAUUAUCAUCGAGCGGUGUUAUGUGUGUGUGUGCGUGUGAAUGUGUGU